CUCGUCAGCUUGCUGAUACGGACACCUGGUUUGGGUAGUGGAGACGACGGUAGGUGUACUGCUUGGAAGCAUCGAUCUCGUAGCAGAGUCAUACCGAGGAGGAACUUGUCCUCUUGGGCAUCGCCUUCAGUCCCGACAACGAGCGAAAUGGUUUUCGAUAAACUGAGGAUUCAGAAGCCAUGGCUCAGAGAAUUUUUGUCAGAAUUCAUGGGAACCUUCGUCGUCAUGAUGAUAGGUAACAGUGCCAUGGCUCACAUGCUCCUGAAGGGACAACAUGACUUAUUUGCCGUAACGUUCGCGUGGGGUAUCGCUGUCAUGAUGGGCAUGCUCAUCGGUGCAUCAAACUCGGGCGGUCACGUCAAUCCCAUGGUGUCGAUCGGAUUCGCCAGUAUCGGCUUGCUCCCGUGGUCCAAAGUUCCCCACUAUGUUGCCGGGCAAUUGUUCGGUGCUUUCACAUCCUGCUUUCCCCUGUAUUUGAAUUAUCGAGACUUGCUGCAUCACUUCGAUAAUGGCACCCGACAAAUACUCGGCGAGAAGGGUUCAGGGAUUCUCUGGACGACUUUCCCGGACCCCAACGUCUCGAUGACGACGUGCGUGCUCGACACUAUUAUCUGCACUUCAAUUAUCAUGUUCGGUAUACUUGCGAUCGUUGAUAAGAACAACGCUGCCGUUCCCGGAUAUCUUCACAGUUUCUAUGUCUCUCUUCUGGUCAUGACUGUCGUGUGGACCAUGGGUUCGAACUGCAUGUGCGCCAUCAAUCCUGCUAGAGAUUUCGCUCCUCGAAUCUUCGCUGUCAUGGUGGGCUACGGAGACGCUUUCAGUCAUCGAGGCUUCUGGUGGAUUCCUUUAGUCAUGCCUGUCAUCGGCGGAAUCAUCGGAUGUUACGCUUACGAAUUGACCAUAGGGAAUCACGUUCCGGCAAAACAGAAAGGCGCUGGAAGCGAGACCAAAGAGCUGGAUGUUUUGAAUGAGAAGGACGCCAAGAAGGAACUACCGAAGAGAGAUGAGUCCACGCCGAUGGUCUAGAGGAUUCCCUCUCUGCCAAAGCCUUGCGUGAAAUUGGUCGGAAAGUAAUCUGCAGUGUGACUCCAAUAUGGACGAAUGGGGUUUUAAGGAUGUCUGGUGGCCGAGGACGAUCAUGCCUGCGCGUCGAAGUCACUCCGACGACGGAAGACAGUGUCUGCGACGCUGUGCGAGCAUUCCCCGGACUGUUUCAUUUUUAGUAAAUUGUG